AUGCACAAGAAGGGAGGCAAGGGGCCCGCCGCAAACGCGAAAUCUCCAUUUGGUCAUUUGUCGAAAUUGGAGGAGUUCAUCCCUGAGGAGUACUUUCCCGACAUCCUCCUUGUACACGACGCGGACGGACUGACGCCAGGAGUCAUACGAGACACCAAGAGAGGCUCCUCGAAGCCCUUCGAUGCGCCAUCCGUAAGAUACAAGCGUGUCUGGCCUACCGAGUCCUCAGAACUGUUCAAGGAGGCCAAAUACGACGACAACAUAAUCCAUCCCCUACCGGAGGCCGAGAAGCCGCGUACCGCCCAUCUAUAUCUCUCUGCGCAGUGUGUGAUAGGCAAAGGAAACCAUUCGUUGGUCUAUCGCGCCGCCCUCCGUCUCCCCCCUCCAUUGAAGGCUAUUGGGCCUUUCGGCCAGGUGACCACUGCAGCCAAGCUGGCGAUUCCUGAGCAGUCCGCGCGCGAUAUGCUGAAGACAGAGGCAGAUAUUUAUAACAAGUUUCCGAGGCAUCUCAUGGAACAUUGGAGUGGGUACAACCUCAUCGCACCUCACAACUUCCCCGUCCCUGUUCAUGCUGUCGUGCCCAAGUUCUACGGAUACUAUGUGCCUGAGGAGGACACCCCCGCUUCGGAUGUGUCUGGGUUGAGCCCGAUCUUGCUAAUCGAGGAAUGUGGUGAGCCUAUCGAUCCGAAGGAGCUCAGUCUUGACGAACAGUCCCAAUGUUACACGCACAUCUUGCGCCUCCAUCUGGAAGAGUUCAUACAAAACUCAGUGUUCACGCGUAACAUCCUGAUACAGCCGGGCCCCCUCGACGUUGCACCACACUUCCGCUCUCGCGAACAUCCCAGCUUCCGCAUUAUAGACUUUGGCCGUUGCGAGCAGGUAGAUGACUGGUUCAAACAUCGUUACGGGAAAGAUCCAUCCGAGAUCAAAUGCACUGACGAGAAUGAGGAGGAGGUGAGAGGAAUGUACCGCCCAUGGGUGUUGAAAAAGUCAUUUCAGGAAGCUGUAGCAAGGGAACAACUCGGUGUGGACCUCAUGGAUGCAUAG